AUGUCAACGACGCUUUGCCAGAUGAUGGGAUUCGUCCUGUCCACUCUCGGAUUGGCGGGAAUCAUCGCGGCCACUGGGGUGGACAUGUGGAGUACUCAGGACUUGUAUGACAAUCCGGUCACAUCCGUAUUCCAGUACGAAGGGCUGUGGAGGAGCUGCGUAAGACAGAGCUCCGGUUUUACCGAGUGCAGGCCUUACUACACCAUCCUUGGACUGCCAGCCAUGUUGCAGGCUGUGAGAGCCCUAAUGAUCGUGGGCAUCGUCCUGGGGGCCAUCGGCCUGCUGGUGUCCAUCUUUGCCCUGAAAUGCAUUCGAAUCGGCAGCAUGGAGGAUUCCGCCAAGGCCCACAUGACUCUGACGGCCGGGAUCCUGUUCAUUGUUUCUGGUAUUUGUGCUAUUGCUGGAGUAUCUGUAUUCGCCAAUAUGCUGGUCACCAACUUCUGGAUGUCAACAGCUAACAUGUAUUCUGGAGUAGGCGGUGUGGUUCAGACUGUUCAGACAAGGUACACCUUUGGCUCUGCUCUGUUUGUUGGCUGGGUUGCGGGAGGCCUGGCUGUUGUCGGAGGGAUCAUGAUGUGCAUUGCUUGCCGAGGACUUACACCAGAGGACACCCACUUCAAAGCCGUGUCCUACAAUGCCUCUGGCCAUAACGUAGCCUUCAAGUCCGGUGGAUUCAAGGCUGGCACCGGCUACGCCUCGGAAGGGAAAAGCAAAAAAAUCUACGACGACAGUGUCCGCGACGAGGCAGGGCCCCGCUCCCACCCUUCCAAGUACGACUACGUGUAG